UGCGCGCGUCGUGUCUUUUAUUUCGAACCCGAUCUCAUCUCACGUCGCGCGCGCGCUCCUCUUCGCCGAUUUGAAUCAACCAGUCGAGUCAUUCGGCAACCGUCUCAGUGUGAACGCGUCUAGUUGAGAGCUUAAUUUAAUCACCAGAACAAACAGUCAACGGCAAUGUAUGCAACAAAAAACGUGCGCCCACGCAGCAGUCUCUCCACAGACGAUAACCACCGCAUCAAGGACACCAACCGGCCCCACAAGGCCCCGGGCAACACCAUCCUCACACUGGUCGCCUUCUGCGUGUUCCUCCUGGUGCUGUGCGGCUUCCUGCUGGGGGCACUCGUCUAUGUGGGCAAGAACAUAGCCGACGAGCACCAGAGGCAGCAGGCGGCGAACAGCACGCAGGCGGCCCUGAAUGCGACCAUACGCACCGUCUAUGUGGACCGUGAUCAGUUGCUGUCCACCAAACCAAUUCUGAGCGUUUUGUCAGAUAUUCGUGCCCCCACCACUCAAGUGCCUUCCAAUACCAAAUCACGCACCAUGGCCACCCUCGCGCCCGCCGUUAGAGCCGCAAGCAAGGUGUUGCAGAAACUAGGCUACCGGCUACCAAAAGAGCUGAAGCCGAGCAAGUACACUAUGCAGCUGCGGCCAGAUCUCAACAAGAAGAACUAUACGGGCAAUAUAAGUAUCAGCCUGGAGGUACUGGAGCCGAUUGCCUUCAUACCCGUGCACAUUAAGCAGAUGAAUGUGAGCACUGUCGAUGUGCAGCAUUUGGACGAGUCGGGAGCGCCGCUGAAGAGCAUAGCCCCAGCCCUGACGUUCUCCUAUCCCGAAUUUGAGUACUGGGUGACAGAGUUUGAGCAGCCCCUGGACGUGGGCAACUAUACGCUGCGCCUGAACUUCAACGGUUCGUUGACGGAUCGCAUCACAGGCCUCUAUCAGAGCUCCUACUGGGACAAGCUGAAGAAUCGCACCAGGUGGAUUGCCAGCACCAAAUUCGAGCCCACCUAUGCCCGCUGGGCCUUCCCCUGCUUCGAUGAGCCAGCCCUGAAGGCCCAGUUUACCAUAACAAUUGCUCGACCCAGCGGCGAUGAGUACCACGUACUCUCGAACAUGCCUGUGGCCACCGAGUAUGUCGACGGGGAUCUGACUGAAGUGACGUUCCAGGAGACUGUGCCCAUGAGCACAUAUCUGGCUGCGUUCGUGGUUUCGGACUUUGCCCACAAGACCACAAACUCAGCAGUAAACCCUUCGAUUGAAGUGCGCUCAUUCGCCCCAGCAGCCCAAGUGGAGAAGACUCAAUAUGCUCUUGACAUUGGAGUUGGCGUCCUCGACUAUUACAUCGACUACUUCAACAUCUCCUAUCCCCUUCCCAAGCUGGAUUUGGUCGCCAUUCCCGAUUUUGUAUCCGGGGCUAUGGAGAACUGGGGUCUGGUGACCUUCCGCGAGACAGCGUUGUUGUAUGAUGAGGCCACCAGCUCCAGUGUGAACAAGCAACGUGUGGCCAUCGUCGUGGCGCACGAGCUGGCGCACCAGUGGUUCGGCAACCUGGUCACUAUGAACUGGUGGAGUGACCUUUGGCUGAACGAGGGCUUUGCCUCAUUCGUGGAAUACAAGGGAACGAAGCACAUGCAUCCAGAGUGGGAUAUGGACAAUCAGUUUGUCGUCGAGGAGCUCCAUCCAGUGCUUGUCAUCGAUGCCACACUGGCCUCCCAUCCAAUUGUGAAGUCAAUUGCAAGCCCCGCUGAGAUUACCGAAUACUUCGAUACAAUUACUUACUCAAAAGGUGCAGCCUUGGUGCGCAUGCUGGAGAACCUUGUGGGCGAGACCAAGUUCAAGAACGGUACAACUCGCUAUCUGAAGAACAACAUCUACUCCACAGCCACCACGGAAGAUUUCCUAACCGCCAUUGAGGAGGAAGAGGGCCUCGAAUUUGAUGUCAAGCAGAUCAUGGAAACGUGGACAGAACAAAUGGGGGUGCCAGUUGUCGAGGUGGAGAAGAAUGGUAACACCUACAAGCUAACCCAGAAGCGUUUCUUGGCCAAUUUGGAUGAUUAUGAAGUCGAAGCAGAGGCCUCUUCUUUCAAUUAUCGUUGGUCAAUCCCAAUCACCUACACGAGCAGCAUCAACAGCGAGGUGCAGUCGACGAUAUUCAACCACAACGACAACGAGGCCAGCAUUACGCUAGCUAGCGAGGCCAGCUGGAUCAAGUUUAAUAAGGACCAGGUUGGUUAUUAUCGCGUUAACUAUGCGGCAGAGCAGUGGGCUGCCCUCACAGCUGCGCUCAAGGCAUCACGGGAAUCCUUCAGCACCGCGGAUCGUGCGCAUUUACUGAACGAUGCCAAUACCCUGGCCGCUGCUGGACAGUUGAACUAUGCCGUGGCGCUCGACCUGAGCACCUAUCUGGAGAGCGAGCAGGACUAUGUGCCCUGGAGUGUUGGCACCUCGUCGCUAGUAACGCUGCGGAACCGCGUUUACUACACCGAUCUUUACAGCAACUUCACCACAUACGCCCGCAAACUACUAACGCCCAUUGUGGAGACGGUCACGUUUACCGUUGGCACAGAUCAUCUGGAAAACCGCCUCCGCAUCAAGGUUCUAAGCUCUGCCUGCGCCGUCGGGCACGAGAGCUCGCUGCAGCAGGCUGUUACGCUGUUCAACCAGUGGUUGGCCACUCCUGAAACACGCCCCAGUCCUGAUAUCCGGGAUGUCGUGUACUACUACGGUCUCCAGCAGGUCAACACCGAAGCUGCCUGGGACCAGGUCUGGAAACUGUAUCUGGCCGAGACCGAUGCGCAGGAGAAGCUAAGGCUUAUGAACGCCUUGGCUGCCGUAAAGGUGCCAUGGCUGUUGCAGCGCUACAUCAAUCUGGCCUCGGACGAAAGCAACGUCCGCCGCCAGGACUAUUUCACGCUUCUGGGUUAUAUUUCGGUUAAUCCCGUGGGACAGAGUCUUGUCUGGGAUUAUGUGCGCGAGAACUGGGAGCAGCUGGUAGAGCGCUUUGGCAUUAACGAGCGAACAUUGGGUCGCCUUAUUCCGACCAUCACGGCGCGCUUCUACACUCAAACCAAGCUGGAAGAGAUGCAGCACUUCUUCGAGAAGUAUCCUGAAGCGGGAGCUGGAACCGUGGCCCGCCAACAGGCCCUGGAAACCGUCAAGGCCAAUAUCAAGUGGCUGGCACUGAACAAGGAUCAAUUGGGCGAGUGGUUGGCCAACUACGCGGAACAGUCUACGGUUACCAAUAGUAUCAAUUGAUUCGCAUUGCUUUACCCCUCUGUAAAAUACAAUAAUGUAAAAACUACCAAUGGAAUUGAACAUAGUCUUACUCGUAGCCAACUAAAGCAGCAAGUGCUUUUCAAAUGUGAAUGAAGAAUUGUGAAUACGUAUGAUAUUUUGAAGAAACUAAUAGAUACAAAA